AUGAAAAAACCAUCACCAGCACAAACAACUGGUUCGGAAACAUCAUCGGAUCGAUCGACCGUAUCAUCAUCAUCGUCAUCAUCGACAACUCCUCCAAGUCAAGAGGAAACAACACAACAACCACCACUUGCUAAUAAUGAAGAAUUGAGUACAGAAUUUCUCAAGCAAUACAAUCGCUUGCAACACGAAGGAAAAGAAAUCAAUCCAGAGGAGCUUAAAAUUCAAAAUGUGUUGAAGGAAACCUUGUCAAAUCCGAAAACUCUACAUGCUGCUCGGACUCAAUUUGCACGAGCGACAGGUAUUGGCUAUUCGUUGCUGGGAGGUGGAGUGGUGUUGGGUCUUGCCAUGGCAUGGCUUUUCAAGAAAUCCAAUCAAAAGCAAGAGUGA